GCAGCCGCCCCCGGGGACCGCCCUACCCUGCGCGGUGCACCUCGGUGCGGCAACCUGCAGAGCCCCGCUAGCUAAAAUGUAAUUUCAGAUUGGACAACUGGGUCUUGCAGCCUUCUGACCGCCUCCUGGUCUUCUGGGAGUCUCCUGUUAAUGAGGCCUUCUGCCUGGCUCUUGAUCUGAUGAUCACUGGCCUGGCUCUUGGAGGGAUCAGCUGAGGAGGACCUGCAUGUGGGCGGCCCAGAGGACUGUUGAUUAAGGAUGAUGGGGGAACAGACCAGAGAGGGUGGAGGGACCACAAUGCCUGGCAGAGAUCAGGAACCAAGGAGCUACUAUGUGGGUGUGGACGUUGGAACAGGCAGUGUGCGUGCGGCUCUUGUGGACCAGAGGGGCAUCCUUUUGGCUUUCGCAGACCAGCCGAUCAACCAAUGGGAGCCUCAGUUCAACCACCAUGAGCAGUCCUCCGAGGACAUCUGGGCCGCAUGCUGUGUUGUCACAAAGCAAGUUGUACAAGGGAUUGAUGUAAACCAAAUCCGAGGGCUUGGGUUUGAUGCCACGUGUUCUCUGGUGGUUUUGGAUAAGCAGUUUCGUCCUUUACCAGUAAACCAUGAAGGGGAUCCCCACCGAAACAUCAUCAUGUGGCUGGACCACCGGGCGGUCAGUCAGGUCCACAGGAUCAACGAAACCAAGCACAGCGUCCUGCAGUGUGUCGGCGGUGUGAUGUCUGUGGAGAUGCAGGCCCCGAAGCUUCUGUGGCUCAAAGAGAACAUGAGAGAGACUUGCUGGGAUAAGGCGGGACAUUUCUUUGAUCUCCCAGACUUCUUAUCGUGGAAGGCAACAGGUGUCUCAGCACGGUCUCUCUGCUCCCUGGUGUGCAAAUGGACAUACUCUGCAGAGAAAGGCUGGGAUGACAGUUUCUGGAAGAUGAUCGGAUUGGAAGAUUUUGUUGCAGAUAAUUACAGCAAAAUAGGAAACCAAGUGCUGCCUCCUGGAGCCUCUCUUGGACAUGGGCUCACACCAGAGGCAGCGAAGGACCUUGGCCUUCCUGCUGGAAUUGCCGUAGCAGCUUCCCUUAUUGAUGCCCACGCGGGAGGCCUAGGAGUGAUUGGAGCAGAUGUGAGAGGGUACGGCCUCGCCUGUGAGGGACAGCCAGUGACGUCACGGCUGGCUGUCAUCUGUGGAACGUCUUCUUGUCACAUGGGGAUCAGCAAAGACCCAAUUUUUGUACCAGGUGUCUGGGGCCCUUAUUUCUCAGCCAUGGUCCCUGGGUUCUGGCUGAAUGAAGGUGGUCAGAGCGUUACUGGAAAACUGAUAGACCACAUGGUGCAGGGCCAUGCUGCCUUCCCUGAACUACAAGCCAAGGCCACAGCCAGAUGCCAGAGUGUAUAUGCAUAUUUGAACAGUCACCUGGAUCUGAUUAAGAAGGCUCGGCCUGUGGGUUUUCUCACUGUUGAUUUACAUGUUUGGCCAGAUUUCCAUGGCAACCGGUCUCCCUUAGCAGAUCUGACACUGAAGGGCAUGGUCACCGGGUUGAAGCUGUCUCAGGACCUUGAUGAUCUUGCCAUUCUGUACCUGGCCACAGUUCAAGCCAUUGCUUUUGGCACCCGCCUCAUUAUAGAGGCCAUGGAGGCAGCCGGACACUCUAUCAGCACGCUUUUCCUGUGCGGAGGCCUGAGCAAGAAUCCCCUUUUUGUGCAGAUGCAUGCGGACAUUACAGGCAUGCCUGUGGUCCUGUCGCAAGAGGUGGAGUCUGUUCUUGUGGGCGCUGCUAUUCUGGGUGCCUGUGCCUCGGGGGAUUUCGCUUCUGUACAGGUGACUGUUGAAACACCCCACAUGAAGAUGGUUGAAUCACGAAGUCAGUCACAGCCCAUUCCGAGGAUGUGCAUGUGCCUUGGGCGCGAAUGAAGAUGCGGGAAUCCUCAGACACCCGCCACUGCGGAGCCCCAGCCGACGGCUUUGCUCCAGGAAUCAGCAGCAUCCCUGGACGAGAGGCCACUGCUUUGACAGGGCCCACCCUAGUUCUGCAGGCAUGUCCAGCGUGUUACAAAAUAUGUUUCUACAGCCAACCUUUCUCUAUCAAAGCCAAAAUAAGUUUGAGCAAGUCAUCUAGUCUAAUGCGCUUAAAAGACAUUUGGUUCUAAUACGUUUAAAAGGGACAUUUGGUUCCCAAGUGGGAAGCGAUGUUCCCAAGGUUGUAGAGAAACAACCUGAGACUGGAAUCAGGGUCUUCAUCCCAAACGUGUCUAAUGCUGCCCUACCUCCGGAUCCUUUCCAGUGCGAUCACAGGUCUGCUUGCCUCUCCAAAAGGCAGGACAGGAAUGUGGGAGCGAUGGGAAGGAGGUUGUGUUUAUACUCGAUGCUUUCUACUCUAACCCCAAUUUCAGCACUUCUUCUCACCUGUCAAAGUAACUAGGCCCGUGUGCUCAAAUCUCGUUCCUUGAGAAGCAUUUUCUCUGAUGUCCAGAGUUCUCGCCGCUCACCUAUCCAAGGCCUUUCCCUUCUUAGGGCAACAGUGGGCAGUCCCCUCAGCCAGGAGGAUGCCUGGGGCAUCAUUCCUCAUCUCUUAACUGAUUGCCUGUCACUUGGCUAUGUAGCCACAUUUAAUCUGUAAAUUAGCAUAUUUGUGGUAGGUAGAUGCUAAUAUUUCCUUUUACAAAUUGAGGAAUUCGAAGUUGAGAAAAAGGCAAAUCACUUGCUCCAUGCUACAGAGCUGGAAGGUGAGAGACCUGGACCUGAACCUAGAUUUGUCUGAAUAUCUGAAGUAUAAACUCUUUCAGGUUCCCCCAGCUGGAGGAAGUGAGAUUAAUGAGCCUGUGCGCGCACA